AUGGACACUGCCGCUGCCCAUGGCCACUUGAAAGUGGUGCAAUGGAUUCACGAAAACCGCGAUGAAGGAUGCACUACUCAAGCGAUGGAUGGAGCAGCAAUGAAUGACCAUCUUGACGUCGUCAAGUGGCUGCACGAGCACCGCCCAGAGGGGUGUACAACCGACGCAAUGGACGACGCAGCUAGAAACGGACACUUGGAAGUGGUGAAAUGGCGUCAUGAUAAUCGAAAGGAAGGCUGCACUACGAAGGCAAUGGACGGCGCGGCUGCAAACACUGCUGAGAAUGGUCACCUCGAUGUUGUCAAGUGGCUGCACGAGCACCGCCAAGAGGGGUGCACAACCGACGCGAUGGAUAACGCAGCUAGAAACGGACACUCGGAAGUGGUGAAAUGGCUUCAUGUUAACCGCGAGGAGGGCUGCACUACGAAGGCAAUGGAUCUAGCAGCUGCAAAGUGCCACCUAAAAGUGGUCAAGGGGCUUCGAUCCAAUCGCUCCGAGCGGUGCGCUUUUCAGCAGGUCAGCGCGCCUCGAUACAGCAGUGUUCAUAUUCUCCGAAUUUCCAGAGUGCCGUGCCUUCCGUUUGGGGUCAAUUUUUGA